AUGAACACUUCAGAGUUGUCGAUAGCUGAGGAAAUAGACUACGAGGCUCUUCCAUCGCAUGCCCCAGUGCACUCUCAGUUACUGGCAGGAGCAUUUGCAGGCAUAAUGGAACAUUCUUUAAUGUUUCCCAUAGAUGCUCUCAAAACUCGAGUACAAGCUGCAGGUUUGAAUAAGACUGCUUCAUCCGGGAUGAUAUCUCAAAUAUCCAAGAUAUCUACUAUGGAAGGCUCGAUGGCCCUAUGGAGAGGUGUUCAAUCGGUCAUACUGGGAGCGGGGCCAGCUCAUGCGGUAUAUUUUGCUACAUACGAGUUUUGCAAAGCUCGCCUGAUUAGCCCUGAAGAUAUGCAAACACAUCAGCCAAUGAAGACGGCAUUGAGCGGUACCAUUGCUACCAUUGCUGCCGACGCAUUAAUGAACCCUUUUGACACCGUCAAACAAAGGCUACAGUUAGACACUAAUCUGAGAGUCUGGAACGUUACUAAGCAUAUAUAUCAAAAUGAAGGUUUUGCAGCGUUCUAUUAUUCCUAUCCAACAACCUUAGCCAUGAAUAUCCCAUUUGCAGCAUUCAACUUCAUGAUAUAUGAAUCAGCCAGCAAAUUUUUCAACCCACAGAAUUCUUACAAUCCGUUGAUUCAUUGCCUUUGCGGUGGGAUAAGUGGCGCCACAUGUGCUGCGCUAACCACGCCUUUGGAUUGUAUAAAGACUGUAUUACAAGUCAGAGGUAGCGAAACUGUUUCUAUCGGAAUAAUGAGAGAUGCUGACACCUUUGGCAGAGCUUCGAGAGCAAUACUGGAGGUACAUGGCUGGAAAGGGUUUUGGCGCGGUUUGAAACCAAGAAUAGUGGCCAAUAUCCCAGCCACCGCCAUUUCUUGGACUGCAUAUGAAUGUGCUAAGCACUUCUUGAUGAAAAAUUGA